AUGUACAAAAACAUCUUGACCAAUACCAAACAGGGCCUGGUAGCAACGCAGAUCAAGCAGCUUGAAGCGACCAAAGGACCCUUCCUAGGGACCGCCGAGCCAGUGUGGGGAGGAGAGCAGUUUGAUGAGGACAACAAGGACAAGCUAGAGGCCGCCCAUAAGACGAUGAUGGCCUCUGCUGGGGAUUACCCAUGCGCUAACAUCUUGCCGCCACCACCACCAGCAGCAGCCCUCAAGACUCACCCCAUUCAGCCGCUCCCUCCUCUCCUAUCCCACCGUCAAGAUCCACCACUUGCCCAGCUCUCAGCAACCCCUCCUGAACCCCAGCCUGUCUGA